CCACAAGAAAUAGUGGAAAACGACAUGGUGACGUGUCUUCAAGGCUUUGACACAGUUUUGUGAAUGGACUGUGAGUCCGGUUGAACAGCGAUGUUGUUUACGACUGCCUGAGUCUUCUGACAGUCGCCCACCUCUGUUGUAGAUGUAUUUUAAGCAGGCUUGACUGACGAUGAUCUACCCUCUCUCUCUUGCUUGACAGUGUUCAUCUGUCCUCUCUCUCACGCACUUCAAAAUGUUCGGUCUCCUCAAAACCAUCCUGGAUACCUCUGGAAAUCUAAUGGCAUCAUCAAAAGUCGUAAGGUGCACACGCCAAGAGAGUCUUCCCAAGGAGCCACCUCCAUCGGUAGAUUCUUCGACAGCCUCAGAUUCGUCUGACUGCGAGAAGGAUCUGGUCUUGGAGGAUUUUGACUUUCUCAAAACAAUAGGUAAGUGCUCUCACCUUUUCGCUGUAUAUCUAAUAGUUGGUCAUAACAAACUGUUUCACUCUUCCUCCGAAAGUAGAUUUAAGAUAACCAAUGAUUCUGACGAUCUUCAAAUUUUAAAUAAGAAAAGUUGAUUAGCGUAAACUUGU